CUUACAGUCCGUGUCCGCUGAACAUUUGCAACUCUGGCAAAUGUCUAAUGAUCAACAACCAACCAGUUUGUAGGUGCAAGUCUAUCACUGAUCUGUGCAGUGACGUGAAAGUCCGCACGCCAGACAACGGCGAGCAGAACGUUGAUUCGGUAGUUUUGGCAUUGCGGCACUCGGAACUCACGGCUGAGCAAGUCAGGGCAUGCUCACCAGACGGAUGCCCACCGACCCAUUCCGGCCCGAGAUGUUUACAAGAAAAUCUUCCAGAACCAUCGUCUGCGGUGCCAAUGAUUCUGGUGACUCCUUCUCAGGACGCCACCACCGGAGAGGAAGAUUUCAUAUUGGAUCAAUCUCACAUUGGCGCAAACAUACGUAUGAAGUCGGCGCCGGAAGGAACCGACAAAUGCCAUCUGCCGGAAUUUCAGCAUUCCUCUGGUAAGUUUUGUGCGUCACUGGAAU